AUGAAUUAUUUUGAAGUCAUUGGCAAUGAUUCUUCAAUCAACCGAUCUGGGAAUUGGGGAAUCAUUAUACCCGAACCUCAACCACCAACAUUCGAUGAUAUCGCAAUGACCAAAUGCAUCGUAUUUGGAACUAUGUUUGUGAUUGCGUUUAUUGGAAACGUUGCGACCCUGAUACAAAUGUAUAGAAUGCGACAUCGGAAAUCAACGAUUAAUACCCUUAUAGUAAACCUAGCUAUCGGAGAUUUGUUUAUUGUUUGUUUCUGUUUUCCUGUGGAAGGAAUCUGGGCUGCUACUGUUCAGUGGUAUGGAGGAACGGCAAUGUGUAAAAUUAUUAAAUUCAUCCAAGUGUUUUCGUUAUAUCUUUCAACUUAUGUCACUGUAGCAAUAGGAUUGGACAGGUGCGUGGCUAUAUUAGACCCUAUGAGAAGAAAGAGCGCCCCUACGAGGGUGCGGACUAUGAUUAUGCUUGCCUGGUUUUUCAGUGCCUUGUUCAGCAUUCCUCAGGCUAUAAUCUUCAACGUGAGGAGAGGUCCAUUUAAAGAAGAUUUCUACCAGUGUGUGACGAUGGGUUCCUAUCCCAACGCAUGGCAGGAAGAAGUCUAUUCCAUAGCAUCAUUUUUGUUAAUGUUCGUUAUUCCAUUGGUUAUCAUCGGCACUGCUUAUGGAUUGAUAUUCAGCACAAUAGCUAGAAAAUCUAAAGAAUUCAUCAAAAAAAAUCCGACAGUUCGAACGACGAGUUAUAACGAUAUACAGAGAGGUCCUGUUCGGAGUAAUUUAUUACGAAAAGCUAAACGGAAAUCAUUACGGAUGUCCAUAGUGAUCGUGGUGGUGUUCGUUAUGUGCUGGACACCUUAUUACGUUAUCUUCAUCUGUUUAACAUUCUUAGAUUGGGAAGAGAUCAAUCCAAGAAUCUACCGACUGGUGCUAUGGCUGUUUUUCCUGGGAAUGAGUAACGCUGUUAUGAAUCCACUGAUAUACGGUGCUUUCCAGAUCUGCAAGGUGCAUACUCCAAGGUCAGUCCAUCUUAGAGCAUUUCGAAGUCACAAAAUCCUUCUUCUUUUCUAUUCAAAGUUUUAUGAUGGCUUUAUGUUUGGCUAG